AUGGCGGACCCCACAAACGCAGAACGUUUGAACUAUUUGUUGGAGAUGGCUUUGGUCAUUCAUGAGGGCAUCAUUGAACGCCUUGACGAGGACCAUGAGCUUGACCACCCGCUCAUCGCGCACCUCAAAGAGGCAGACCAUUUCAUCGUGGUCAAGAAGGCUUUGCAAGACCGUCUUAUCGACAAGGCUAGCGACAACGAAAACGAACAUGUUGGGGGUGAAUCGGCCACUCCACCCAGCCACCAAUCACCGUUGACCAUUGGGCAGGUCAAUAACUAUUCGCCGGCCCCCAAGAUGAUCGUUCAACGACUUCCUCUUCCCUCUUUAGUUCUUCGCCUGAGCCACAGCACACUAAAGCAAAGGCGCCUGCACGACGAAAGGUCGCUCGUCGGAUCCCAGGAGAAUCUCGAAACUCCAAGGCUCUGCGACAAAUGCGGCGCGCAGUACCUUAUGCAAGCUGGGUUGACAGUCCCAAGUGAAAGGCGCUGCACUCACGAUCGGAGCGUGAUAGGAAGAGGAGAUAUUGCAUCAACGUUUUAUGCCGCAAAGCAUUGGAAGCGUGAAGAGAUAACAGAGGUUCCAGCACUUUACAGAUACCUAAAUUAG